AUGAGGCCUUUGGACAACAUCAUCACUACAACCGAACAGAUACUGGGGACGAAGAUCCUGGAGCCUGUGCGGUGUUCUUCUCUGCUUCCAGCCUACAUCACAGAAAUUCCAGAUUUGACUCCACCAGAAGACAUUGCUUACUUGGUGCGGAAAGGUGUGUUCGAUAUCCCGGACGUGGCCCUUCGCAAUGAGCUGCUUGUGACAUUUGUGCGUAACGUUCAUCCUUAUAUGCCUUUGUUGGAUAUCAGUCCAUUUAUCGAUGCUAUUGAAAGCAAUGGCAGGCGUGGCAAAGUCAGUCUAUUGUUGUUUCACGCGGUCAUGUUCUCGAGUGCUGCUUUCAUCGAGCCCGGGAACCGGAACUCCGACUGGCUUGUGUCACGAAAACAACACCGACAGGGGUUCUAUGAGAAGGCGAAGAUCCUAUAUAACUUCGAUAUUGAGACAGACCGGAUUGUCUUGAUUCAGGUAGCAUUGCUUCUCACAUACUGGCACGAAGCCCCCGACGACCCGAAAGACGCCCGCUAUUGGCUUGAGAUUGGACUAUCUUGCGCGAUUACAAUUGGUCUGAACUGCGAACCGGAUCCGACACUGACACCGGCAAUGCAACGCUUGCGUAGACGGCUAUGGUGGUGCCUAUACACGCGUGACCAACUAGUUGCAUUCACCUUGCGACAGCUCCCGAUGAUCAGGGGCGACGUUCAAAAUUUGUCAUUACUCACACUAAAUGACUUUGAGUUUCUCGAUCCUAUCCGCUCGGGGACAGACGUUACCAAUCAUCUCGGCUUCAAAAUGGCUCGAAGCACGCACUAUCAAAAACAGUGGUCGCAGAUCUUUAUCGAGAAGACGAAAUUCUGUACCAUCAUCAGCCACGUAAUUGCGGUGGAUUGCUCGACCAUGUUGGCCGAUUGCGACCAACUUCAAGCAUGUGAUAUGAAAUUGGAUAGCUGGAAUGCGGCCCUUCCGAUAGGAGUUCAAUACCAACCACCGACAUAUCUAGAGAUCUCAGAGGCGGAGAGUUCCCUCUUGGCAUACCAAGCAUGGCUACGAAUCCUCUUUCUGGCAGCAAAAUGUCUCCUGUGCCGCCUUCAACGGCCCAAACGUGGGGAGAUAAUUUCGAAAAGGGCGCUCCUACUGGACGUUGCCGACGUCCAGACCCAGGAUACCAUCCAAGGUAUCACAAAUAUCACCGAGAGUCUGGACAGCACCGACUCAAUUCAUUAUCUACCAACUACGGCAGUGGCCUUGCUACUACCAGUGGUUACUAUCCAUGUCCUUAAUAUUCGAUCUGGAAAUACGGAUCUGUGGACAGCCGGGUUUCGUUCCUUCCAUUGCUGCUUGAAAGCACUGAAAAGGAUGGGAAAGAUUUAUAUGAUCGCUGAGACGGUCGCUCACUUCCUGGAGUCUGCUAUUUGCGGCGACUCUUUGGGACAUAAGGUGAUCGAGAUCUGGCCUAGAGCACCAUGGUUGUUUGAGAAAGUCUUGACGAAUAACGAGUUACGGUGCCUUCGCCGCACAAUCGGCUAUGAAUAG